GUGUGCAAUGGCACUUGGGGCUCUGGUCCCUGUAGAUCAGCCUGUCCAUGGUGUCACCCUGUGUGUCACAGCGGGGUGAGGCUUUGCUUUUUAGCCAACACCCCUUCCCCAAGCCUCAAGCUCGCUGCACAUCCUGUCCCUGGGCACAGCGCUCAGUCCAGCUUCUCUCCCUAGUGUGCACCAGCAAGGGGUCAGAGGUGAUCGGCACCUUGGGCAGGUCCAUCACCUUCUACCUCCAGAGGCUGGAAGGAGAAGCUGCAGCCUGGAGCUUUCACAACGAUGUCAUAGUGACUGUGAAAUUCGGUGAUCCUCCUGAAGCCACGUUUUUUGAUGACAACUACAAGCCACGCUUGGCCUUCCCCAACAAUGGCAGCGCGCUCACCAUCUCCCAGCUGAGGAUGGAGGACGCUGGUACCUACACUGCAAAGAGCUCAGGGGUGAAAACCACCUUCACUUUACACAUUUAUAGGGAGCUGUCAGUGCCGACGGUGACCUGCAUGGUGCAGAACUGCUCGGCAAGCAUCUGCCGCUACAUCCUGCACUGCACCACAUCCGGAUCCAGCUCUGGCAAUGUCUCCUAUAUCUGGAGCAUGGGGAGCUUGCGGAAACAUGGGGCCACAAUGCUCGUGGAGGAGUCACUCCUGGACGAGCCACUUCUCACAUGCACGGUGCAAAACCCUGUCAGCAGUAGCAACAUCACCAUCAUCUCGCUCACUGCCCUCUGUGCAGAAAACACAACCCACCCUCCCACCAAUGACAACUACUCCAGCAGGCAGGCUGGAAUUGUGGCCGCAGCGGUGGCAGGAGCUGGAGUGCUUUUAGCAGCAGUUAUCCUUGUGAUCUACUGUAAACCCAAAGGCUGGAGGAUCUUCCGUUUGCCUGCAGACGAGGCUGUGAACACAGAGGCCAGAUCAGAGUACACAACAGUGUAUGCCCAAGUUGGCCCUUCCCAGCAGCCUUUUCCCCAGGUUUACCUGCAAGAUGGCUCAAAGACGACACCAAUGCCCAGUAGUGAGACCUCCAAAACCACCCAUUUCACGAUCCAGGGUACAGCCCAGGAAGCCGUUGAUGGGGCAGAAAGGGGAAGGAAGACAUUGCAAAAGGGGAAACAGCAGUGGAAGGCUCCGGCUCCGGUGAGGCAGAGGAGGAUGAAGCCCAGAGGCAUGGGGAUGGGCUGGCUCUGCAUGGCAGUGCUCUGCUCUGGAGCUGCUCUCGUCAUCAAAGAGGAUUCAGGGCAUCAAAGCCCCAUGCAGCGUGAUGAGGGCCUGGAGCUGCUGACAGACCCCAACACAACCACUGGGGAUAUGGACAAGCUGAUGACAUGGCCAACAGCCUCCCCAACCCCUCCUUGGAGCAGGGACCCCAUCACCACCACAGUGCUGACACAGACAGAUGCUGCAGGGAACAAAACACGAAAUGCAUCAGCUGUUCCCAUCAAGUACUGGUCCCCUGCCCUUUUUGUGGUGGUUGCUCUGCUUGUGCUCUUCUUCACCUACCAGUGGACUAAGGGGGAAGGGACCCGGGACCGAGCCACCUCCAUCAACGACUCUUCAGAUUUGGGAGCCCUGGAUCACACCAGCACCCCAAAAACCGCUGCUCCCCAGGAGGAGAGGAAAGAUCCAGAGAAAUCCCCAGCCCUGGAGCAUACUGAAACCACCUUCAGCGAGCCGGAUCCCACACCAGACCCCCAGCCUGAUAGCCCCGCAGCUACCAGUGGUCCCCACUGCUCCCAGGAGCCCAGUGCUGAUUGAGAGUUCCCGGGGAGCCCAGUGGCUUCCAGACAUUCCCAGGGAGCACAAGGCCACCCAGAGCGGUAGCGUGGGGACUGAGAAGGGAUGAUGCUCCAAGCUGGGGGACCACAAGCACCAUGUGCCCCCUCGGCCCUCCCUGUGGAUGCCCAAAUCUUGGUGGAAAUGGGGACGUGCGUGGGACAGGGACCUGCGUGGGAUGUGGCCCAAGGACAUGAGGCUUGGGAUGCCUGAGCUGGGCACAGCUGAGCCAAUAAAGAUGGAUUUCACACCAGAA